AUGGCCGAGAGUCUUCGUCGAGACCUGAUUCGCUACCUCACUCGACGCAUCGGCUUCGAGGCUGUUCUGCGUAUCCGCUGUACCCGUGGUCUCAACAUUCAGAACUUCUAUGGCUGUUUCUUCGUACGCUCGGUGGAUCUUCUAUCUCUGCCCAAUGUCAACCCAGACGCAGGUUACGCCAUGCAGCUGGAGAUGACAGAGAGUUUAGAAGAAUUUCAGUUUGUUGUUCUGCAGGUGAGUAUUGAUUUGUUCUUGUCAUUCACGACACUAUUCCCUGCCAAACGUUAUCCACCGUCACCAUUACCCGGUUGGUUGGUUGGUAGCCCAUUUUUGAUCAGGGGUUCCCACCGGAGUCCAAACUGGGUGCAGUUGGGAGACGAAGGAAGGCCGCGACCUCGGCCGGCUUGA